AUGUUUACUCCUCUGGGUCAUUUUAAACAAAUCCAAUGCCCAUACGAACGAUCUAAACAGCAAUGUACGAUAAAACACUGUUUCUUCCGUCACACGUCCUCUACCUCUAAUCUAUCGCUAAAAGAGCUCCAGGCCCGUUCCUAUGAAAAGCUUGUUGAAAAGAAAUUAGAACGAGAGUCUGCUCUAACUGCUGCUUCUCGAGUUUCAGAAAAUGACGACAAAAACAAACUGAAGCCUACGCCUGCUAAACGGCCAACCAUCGCGGAACCGCAGGCAGUUCCUCCUCCCAAACGUGUUCACAUACAGCCUGUUGCCAGUGUUGCCCGGACUCCUGUAGCAAAACCGAAAGCUCGUACCCCUGCAGUUCCUCUUAAACCUGCACUUAAAACGAAAACAAAUGAUGCAAAGUCAGAAGAGCCUGUUUCUACGGAACCAGAAUACGACUACAAUGCUGCAGCUGGACACGAGUUGCGGCGGCGUAUGGCACAACUCAUGUAUGAUUGCUACGAUCGAUUGGGCUAUACGUUGGCAGAGAGCUGGAAAAAGGCACUGGAAGAUGAAGCGCUCAUUAAUAAACAAUCCCACAGCAAAAUGUCUUAUAGUUCUGCUUGCAAAGCUCGAAUUAUUUCCUUGAAAAAGAAACCACGGAAAACAGAAAAAUCGACUGCUGAACAAGACUUUGAAGCUCUGUGCACGCUUGUUCACUCGAAGGAAGAGCUCGUGAGUUGGAAGUAUAAUAUGGAAAUCGUCACACCGGAGACGCCUCCUGAUAAUAUGCACCAGUGUUCACGCUGCGGGAAACAUUUCACUGAAGCAAGAGAAGGUUGCACUUAUCACUGGGGAAAACUCGUCCGAGAGAAGCGGCACGGAGAACGAGUCCGUGUCUACACAUGCUGUGAUGGAGCGUAUGGUGAAGAUCGUGGAUGUACAAAGGGACAGGCACAUGUGUUUCGUCAUGAAUAUCUUCCAUACAUGGCUAGCGUACAGCCUUUUCGUAUACUUCCUGAUACACGGCCAAACAACUGGGUUCCGUGGUGUGCUCUGGAUUGUGAAUUGUGUUAUACGACUCUCGGCAUGGAGCUAACUCGAUUGACCGUUGUCACGCUAACCGACAAACUGUUGGAUACAUUUAUAAAGCCGAAAGGUGAGAUUCUUGAGUUGAAUACGCGGUUCAGUGGUAUCCACAGUGCUGAAGAGUUGGAAACUGGUAUUACCAUGGAUGAGAUGUACGAAGAACUGUACAGAAUUGGUGUUAACAAAGACACUAUUUUCAUUGGACAUGGUUUGGAAAACGAUAUGAUUGCUAUGCGUUUAGUGCAUGAAAGGGUGAUCGACACAGCUAUCCUGUAUCGUCACGAAAAAGGACAACCAUUUCGCUAUUCACUCAAGUUUCUCACAAAAAAAUACCUCGAGACUGUUAUUCAAACCGGAGAACAUGACAGUGAAGAAGAUGCUGUCUAUGCUCUCAAGCUUGUUUUUCGUUUACUUCGCAAAGAGCCAACCUAG